AUGGAUCAUGAUUUCGAUGUGGAUCCGAAUGAUUCGGAAGAACGUAAGAAGUGGGGACACAAGGACGUGGAGCAUUGGAGAGCUGUUUCGAAUGUUCACUACUAUGCGAGAGAAGGUUACUAUGGAACUGCAAUACUUGUAUGUGAUGGAAGACUGGCUACAAUCCAAGAUGUUCCUUUAUCAAUUCUCAAAGGAGUUUGUUUGACUCUUUUGGGAAAGAUACCUGAAGCAAUUCGUCAAUUAGAGGCAUUUUCGGCCGAUAAUGACUAUGCAUUAGGAGCAUUAAAUGCAUUGAAAUGGGCACAUUCAAGUGCUUUCAAUCCAGAUAACAAAUCAAUCGUGGAAAUCGAAACAGAAAUUUCAACAAGAGCAAGAAAUGAGAAGACCCCAUACACUUCGUAUGCAUCUGCUUCAGAAGUUCUUUAUUUCGCAGGAGAGUUUCAAAAAGCGAAGCAAAUGUUGGACAUUGCGAGAAAAAGAGCAGCUGAGAAACACGCGAAACACUAUUGUUUGAUGGGAUGGAUUGAUUUGGGACUGGGAAAAAAACAAAAGUCAACUCAGGAACUUUUUGAGAAAGCUGGAGGACAGGAGUAUCCAGAUGGAAACAUUGGAAGAUGUCGAAUUCUCGAAGGCCAUCACUCAGCAACAGAAAUGAAAGUUGCUGCUAAUGAACUUGCAAUCUCAACUAUCCAUUUCCUGCCAGGACACAUCGAGAAGGCAAAGGCUUCAAUAAUGUUAAAGGACUGGAAAGGAGUGAUGGAUUGCAUAAUGAAUGCAGAUCAACCAGAAGGAAGUAAUCCAUAUAUUGAAGUAUUGAGGACAGUUCAUGGAAUAUGUUAUGCUGGAGAAGUAUCUCAAUUGAAUAGAACUCUCCAAUUAUUAUUGAAGAGUCUGGAUGAGAAUGAGCCAACUAAUCAUGCACUUUAUGCAAGAGUCACGAAGUUGAUUGUAUCAAUAAGCGGGAAAAAUGAUAGAAUUUUGAGAUAUUCGAGAGACUUCUUGGUUCGCGCUCUGAAGAUAUCUCGGAAGCCAGACUACGUGGCACUUUCAACGAGAAUCGCAUUCGGAUUGGGAGAUGCGAAAGAGGUUUCAACACUGUCACAAGAGCUUGUUGCAUUGGAUUGUGAAGAUUCAUACGCUGUUUUGUCAAGUAUUAUCUCAAUGUUGAUGGUCAGUCGGGUUUCUGAUGCGAGAGCACAAUUCGAUAUUCUUCCGUCGGCUCAUCCUAAGUUAUUGGAGUCACCGCUCUACUACCUAAUUGCAUCAGUUCUUGCCAAACAAAGCAAAGACAAAUCGUUUGAAAACUUCCGUCAACAUAUAGAAAAUCUCGUUGAAAUGCUCCGAAAUCAACUUCAAUCCUUUCCAUUCGGACUGGAUUAUCUUGCAUUAUUUAGUUCAGAUCUUUUGUAUUCUGCCGUCGAACAGUGCUUUGAUUUCUAUCCAUUAGUUCCUGUCAAGGCUCCAGAUGAAGUGAUGAAAUUGACGGCGAAAACACUUCAAAUGAUCAAUGACGUGGCACCUGGACUUGCUCAUUGUGCAUUACAACUGGCACGGAAUGCUUAUUUGUGUUCUAAUACGAAUGCGGCUGAGAAAUGGAUAAAUAAAGCGUUGGAGAAGGAUGAUUCACUGGCAGAUGCACAUAUUCUGAGAGCUCAAUUGAUAUUGGAUCGAGGAGGAAAGAUAACAGAUGCAGACGAUGCGCUUGUAACCGGUUUGAACUUCAAUUUCAAGUUGAGAGAAACUUCAUUAUAUCAUUUGAUCAAAUCGAAAACUUUCAAGAAAAAAAAUGAGAAUGAUGAGGCGAUUAAAACAUUGAAAAUGGCAUUACAAAUACCAAGAAAGGAGGCAUCGAACAAUUUAUUCCUCCCGAAAGAAUCUGCUGACACUCACAAGAUUUCAGUUCAACUGGAGUUGAUUGACACGUUGCAACAGACAAAGAGAAUCCAAGACGCUGAAAACACGAUGGCAGAUGCAUUGGCUGAAUGGGCGGGACAACCUGAACAAGAUCAACUUAUAAUUGCUCAAUCUCAAUUGUAUCUAACGAAAGGACACGUUGAAAAAGCGUUGUCGAUACUGAAAAAGAUACAACCAGGUCAAUCGAAUUUUCAUUUAUCAAGGAUAAAAAUGGCUGAAAUUUAUCUGGAAGAGAAGAAGGACAAGAGAAUGUUCGCUGCUUGUUAUAGAGAACUUCUAAAAGUAGAACCAACACCUGGAUCAUAUUCUCUACUUGGCGAUGCAUUUAUGAAAGUUCAAGAGCCCGAAGAUGCCAUUAAUUUCUAUGAACAAGCAUUAAAAAUGCAAUCAAAAGAUGUCCAAUUGGCUGAAAAGAUUGGAGAAGCCUACGUGAUGGCUCACUUGUAUUCAAAAGCUGUCAAUUUUUAUGAGUCUUCCAUGAACAUUUAUAAGGAUAAGAAUAUGAGAUUGAAGUUGGCAAAUCUGUUGUUGAAGCUGAGAAACUUUGAAAAAUGCGAGAAGAUUCUACGAGCUCCGUUGGAAAAAGAGCCGGAGCCAAUGGACACGGAGACAAUUCAGACGAAUAUUCAGUUCUUGUUACUGCUGGCAGAGUGUCAUGAGAUGAUUGAUAAUGUUCCAGAAGCAAUGAAAGAUUUUGAGAAGUGA